AUGGAAUAUGUGACGACAGACUAUGUCUGCGAUGCCAUGCUACAUAUUGCUUCCAACAACAACCAAAACCUGGAUAACUCGUUUAGCCUUUUGGCUCCGCAUUCUUCUGAUUCGGUGAAAUUGGAAAAGACAGUUGAGGUCAUCAAUAAUGCUGGGCAUCCUGUGCAGAGAAUCCCAUACUGGGACUGGGUGAAGAGGCUCCAUGACCCUAAGAAUAAAGAUACCCCUCUGAUUCCUUUGAUGCCUCUUUUGCAAGAGAAAGUCUGGGGUAAGCUGACGAGAUUUGAGACGAGUCGGGAUACGCCUCAUUAUGAUGCUCCUAAGGCUGUAGCUGCUCUUGCAGACGCUCCAAAUAUCAGAUAUGUUCCCUUCACUCCUGUUAAAAAGUAUAAUCACGCAAAGCGGUACCUAGGUGAUGGAUCGAGUGGUGGUGGUGGUGGUGGUGGUGGCGCGGCCGACCGUGCCUCUCAAAAAUAA